CUCCAUCCUGAGUAGCCAUUUUGUGGAAUACUUCUUUACAAUAUGUUGAGUGUUAAAAUAUGUAGCAUUCGUUUUUUUUCGCUAAUUUUUGCGUAGAUUUUUAUUUGCGACAUUUCCACAAGAGGUGCAGUGACGACUAAAACUUAUUCAUCAAGAGCUGUUCUUAUAUGAAUUUAGUGUACAUAUCGUAACUUCGAGACGGUUAUAAAUCUUGUUACCGGAGCCAGCAUCCUUAACAACCUAAAUUUACUUAAUUCGUGUAAAACAGAAAAAGUUAAAAAAAAUAAAAUAAUUGUAAAAUGUUAAAAUGGCAAAAGUAUUGUUUCGUUAUGCCCCUCAGAGAUACCUAAUUACUCAAAUUUAAUAAAAAUAUUAACAUUAUUUUAAAAUUAAAUUAAAGUAGCAUUUAAAUUAAAAUAACGUUUACAUACAUUAAAAUGACAUUUAAAUUAAAAUAACAUCUUAAUUCUAACAAUAUUUAAAUUAAAUCAACCUUUAAAUUACAAUAGUCUUUCAAUUAAAAUUUCAGUUUAAAAAUUCCGAGUGAACAAUGGCAUCUUCACAGUCGGAAGGAAUACUUGAAAAAACUAUUAAGGAAAACUUCACCGAGCUCAGAAAUGCGUUGGCUGUGAGUGGGAAUUUGCUAAGCUGUCUCGAACAGAAUAAAAUUAUCACGGAUGAGAAAGUGGCAUCUUUGGGAAAGAUUGACGGAAAUGGAAAUAAGGCGGAGGCAUUGCUUAAAAUCCUUCGUGAUUCAAGAACCGAUUCUGACAUACCCGUGAUUAUGAAAGCUCUCAGUGACGACAUUAGCAGCAAUAGCAAAGUUCUUAAAAUAUUUGAGCAGUCCAUGGCAGGUUGCCAAGGAACCAAUUUCUUCGAUUUCGUUUUCGAACGAAAUUUGCGCACGGGUUUUUUAUCCGGAAUGGCAGAAAUUGUAGGACACGCCGAAAUUAGAUUCGAUUUGACACAAACAAACAGAAUUGUAGAUAUCCUCCUCCAAGAUCCGAUAUUAAUUGAAAGUUGGGAAGAAUUAUUCAUAUCGUUGGGGAUAGACAGGGAUGAGAUAAUUAGACUGCGACGACUUUUCCGUGUUGGUGAAAUGAAAUACAAAGCACUCUUUAGAACUCUAAUUGAGCAAUGGAUAACUCAAAACUCUUUUCCGACGUUAACCUCAUUGUGCGAAAGCUUGGAGAAAUGUAAACUCAGAAUGAUCAAAGGACUAAUGCAAGUAGAAUUUGGUCAAUAGAGUUGAAAACGAUUCAUAAAAUGAAUUGUUAAAGUGACGUCUUGGACGAUAUAAAUAUUUUCUCUUUGGGAGUUUUCACGUCACCGUCGUAGCUGUCGUAAAUGGCGUAAGUUUCGUAAGUAACUUAAAUUAACAUUAGUUUACGAAAGUUACGCCAUUAUACCCCCAUUAUAUAUUUUACGUGCUUUGACGAUGAAUUAUAGAUAGGAUUGAAAAUAUUAAGGAAAUAAAAUUUCUACGCUUUUUUCACUAAACGUC